AUGAUAGAGCCAUAUAAUUAUGAUUCUGAUAUCUUUGAUGAUGAAGUUGAUCAUCCUGUUUCUGUUUAUAGUCUAAAAGCACAUUUUAAAGAUGAUAUACGGAUGAGAAUGUAAGACAAAUAAUUAAGUGAACUUGAUGUCUAAGACUUGAAUCAAAAGAUGAACUAAUUAACACUUAAUAAAUGCAAUUUUAAAACAGAUAUUAGAAGACAUCGAAAAUUAGCUUAAAAAUAAUAGGAAUGUCUCAAUAUUUAGAAAUAAACUUAAAAUGAUUCAAAUUAGUUACAAGCAACUCUUAAACAAAGAUAAUAAGCUAUAUAAUUAUCAUGUACUGAUCAAAUGACAUUAAUGGACACAGUUCCAAAAAUUAAUUUUAUUAGAGAAAUGAAAGAUAGCAUCAAUUAAGAUGCAACAUUAGAUCUAAGAAUAGAUUUGAAAACUCAAAGUCAGAGUACUUUUGAUAUAAGAAAACUAAGAAAUGGGCUUUCUCCUUCUCCAAUAAAUAGACUAUCAACAAAGAAUUAAUCAAAACUAUCUUAGAGAUCUCCAGAACAUGACUCCAAUUUAGAUUUAUCAUUCAAUUAUACUAUGCAAGUUGCUUCUUAAGGUUCUAUUUAAUAUUAAGAUAAUAAGUUUGAAUAACAAUAAUCUAAAAAAUCAACUAUUAAUUAAAAACAUAAUCAUUAAAGAAUAAAAUUAAAAACUCAGCAACAUGUUCAUUCAUAAAGAUCAUCACAAUUGUCUUUGCUUUAAAUUGAUUAAGAGGGUUUCAGAGGAAGAUCUUUGAGUUCUGUAUCCACACCUAAAAGUAUAUUAAAGAAUCCCUCAUAUCAGAAUUCUGUUUUAGAUAUUGUUAACAAAAUUAAAUUUUAAGGCAGACCAUGCUUUUCUAGUUUAAAUCUAAUAGAUUCAACUCCUAAAAAAUUACAAUAAAACAUAUACUCCUCUGCAAAAAGAGUUAAAUUUUGUUUAACUAAAUAAUAGGCGCGAAGAGAAAAUAUUUAUAAUUGA